AUGAAAAAGGAGACAGCUGCUGCCAAGCGCAAGGCAGACAUCAUGUCAAGCUCGGCCACCGUCAAUGUCAACUUCAACGUCCAUGUGUCGAAUUCUGGGACCUUUGAGAUUCAGCCUGCCCAGUCCGCCGAGCCUGCUGCGAAGAAAGCAAAGGCUGCCCCGAAGCAAUCAGCGACCAAAAAGAAGGCAUCGCCAGUCAUCGACUCCAAUACUUCUACUGCUACUUCUUCCAGACCAAAACAGACAGCCAGAAAGUCCACAAACUCUAGCCCAGCAGUUAGUGAUGCCUGGGCACCGCCCGGCAAAUUGCACCUGAAGGGCACGGUUCCGAACAAGAACAAGGCGAAGACGGCGCCAACCAAGACGACUGUGGACAAGAGAGAAACAGCACGGCCACGAUCAUCAAUUGGUGCCCAGACAAAGACGACUUCAGGUGGUCUAGUCCGGCAGCAAGCUGGUUAUUCCCGACAACUUGACGAAGAUGCACCACCACCAUAUUCGGAACAAGAUCCCACUCCAUCGACGUCACAGAACACCGAACUCCCGAUGCCAACACGAGGUCCUACUGGCAGGAUUGGUCUGCUUAAUGGACGAUACGACGUGACUUGCCGGUUUGUCCAAGACCUCUGGGGUUGCUCUAAUGACUUCCUCAACCUUGUGGCGACACUCGACGGAAACACACUUUGGCUCAAUUUUGACCUCGGAGUUGCGAGGGGAAUGAUAAAAGUGCAACGUCCUUAUGUGGUAAACGAUCAGUACCCAGUGCGAGCGUUUUGGCGCGGAAGUGCUCUGUCUCAAGAGACAAUGGAGAGUGAACGGCAGCUGGUUGAUUCAGAUGAUCGAGCAGGCGUAUCGAACGGGUUGUAUUUCCUGGGUGACGGCCACAUCAAGGGUUUCAUCCAAUAUCGGUGCCGUGAACAUGCCCGUGACCAAACACUGCAUUUUGACGCUUAUCGAUGGUCAAGCCAGUCGAUGACCUCUGAAAUCAGCCCGACCCAAGCACGCGAGACUUGGGCGUCCCUCAGGAAGCAUAGUCCCUACCAAGACGGAUCUCGUUAUUACCUAGCGUGCGUUUAA